UUUCUGUCUCGGUGCUCUUAAAAUUAUUAUUAUACCAGUGUAUAUACACACAUGCUGGUACACACUCACUCAAACUUAGUCACUUGUAGACACACACACAUAAAGGCAGCGCCACCCAAACACUUCCAGCUUUCCCAUCUACUUAUCAGUGCGUGUGCUACACAAUGAAUAAUAAAUGAUAAUGUUGUGCUUCCCACUCAACAAUGAAUAAUAUAUGCUUAUAUAUAUAAUCCUCCAUUACCAUUCCUCUUCUCAUUUCCCUGACUCUUGUGAAAGGCAUUUCUGACCAUCUCAAUGAAAGGCAUGCCGGCGGGGAGAGCGCGGCGCUCCAUGGUGCACACCCGCGGCAGCCACUCCGUUCUUGGGCGCUCAGCGGAGGCGCAAUAGAAGAAAGCUGGACGGUCUUGAGAUGGAAUGCUGGCUUUGGAAAUGGCCUCCAACUUCAAUGACGUUGUCAAGCAAGGAUACGUCCGCCUGCGCAGCCGCAAGCUCGGGAUCUAUCGACGUUGCUGGCUGGUUUUCAAGAAAUCAUCCAGCAAAGGACCACAUCGACUGGAGAAACACCAGGAUGAGAAGUCGUCAUACAGUCGAACCUGUCUUAAGGUGAUUGAGCUCAGCAAUGUCAAGACUGUCACACGGUUGCUGAGGGACACCAAGCGACAUGCUGUGACUGUCGUCUUCGCGGAUGACACAUCACGCACCUUCACCUGUGAUUCAGAACUGGAGGCAGAAGACUGGUUCAAGACGUUACACAUAGAGUGUGUGGGAAGUCGACUGAAUGACAUCAGUUUGGGGGAGCCGGACCUUCUGGCCGCUGGCGUGCAGUGUGAAUGCACAGAACGCUUCGAUGUCUUUCUCCUUCCCCACCCCAACCUGGACAUCUAUGGCGAGUGUAUGAUGCAGAUAACUCAGGAGAACAUCUACCUAUGGGAUGUCAACAACCCCAGCACCAGGCUGGUCACAUGGCCCCUCAGCUCGCUGCGUCGCUAUGGCCGUGAUGCCACACGCUUCACCUUUGAGGCGGGAAGCAAAUGCGACAGUGGAGAAGGACUCUACACUUUCCAGACGAGAGAAGGAGAACAAAUCUACCAGAGGGUCCACUCCUCCACCCUGGCCAUCGCGGAGCGCCACAAGAGGGCGCUGAUGGAGCUGGACAGGAACAGCAGGUGGCUGACAAAACGGUCGGAGCUGAGCUCCCACCCCUGUACUCCCACUGACAUCCUGCCUCGGUCUGCUUACUGGCAUCACAUCACUGGAAACCGGACUGCAGCGCCCUUUGGAAGCUCCGGCGCUCCUCCGUCACCCAUGCAGUGCAGUUCGGGACGAUGAGGAUUUGUAAGCCUCACAAUUGCGCCAAUGCAGCAGCUCAAAACUCCACCCAGUUUUUAAGUUUCUACAAGUCUUUCA